AAGAAGGAAACCGUUUUCAAAUGGCUAAAGGAUGAUGCUCUGUAUGAACCGGGAAAGUUGCCUGAUCUGGAGAAGGGGGUCUGUGAGCUGCACCUACCAAAGUUGUCAAAGAAGGACCACGGUGAAUAUAAGGCAACCUUGAAAGACGAGAGAGGUCAAGAUGUGUCUAUCCUUGAGAUAGCUGGCAAAGUGUACGAGGAUAUGAUUUUGGCCUUGAGUAGAGUAUGUGGAGCCUCUGCUUCUCCACUGAAGAUACUCUGCACCCCAGAUGAAAUAAGACUUCAGUGUUUCAUGAAAUAUUUCACCGAAGAAAUGAAGGUGAACUGGUACCACAAGGAUGCUAAGAUCGCAUCGAGUGAGCACAUGAGGGUUGGUGGGAGUGAGGAGAUGGCCUGGCUGAAGAUCUGCGAGCCCACCGAGAAGGAUAAAGGGAGAUACACCUUCGAGAUUUUUGACGGCAAAAAUAACCAUCAGCGGUCACUUGACCUGUCUGGUCAAGCUUUUGAUGAAGCGUUUGCCGAAUUCCAGCAGCUCAAGGCAGCUGCUUUUGCAGAGAGAAAUCGCGGCAAGGUGCUCGGCGGCUUGCCUGACGUGGUGACCAUAAUGGAGGGAAAGACCUUGAACCUGACCUGCACGGUGUUCGGGAACCCGGACCCGGAUGUGGUGUGGUUCAAGAACGACAGGGACAUCGAGCUGAGCGACCACUUCUUGGUCAAGGUGGAGCAGGCCAAGUAUGUCAGCAUGACCAUCAAGGGCGUGACCUCCGAGGACUCGGGCAAGUACAGCAUCCACGUCAAGAACAAGUACGGGGGCGAGAAGAUCGACGUGACGGUCAGUGUGUACAAGCACGGGGAGAAGAUCCCCGACGUGGUGCUGCCCCAGCAGGCCAAGCCCAAGCUCAUCCCCGCGUCCGCGUCCUCGCCCAGCCAGUGAGGGGCGGCCCGGGAGCCAGACGGCGCGGGCGCUUGUUCCCAGCAGGUGGCGAGGGCCCGCGGCGUCCAGCGUGGCUUGACAGUCAAUCGUGCGUUACGGUUUUAGUCUUCAUGUUUGGUGAUUAGGGGUUUCUGUCCUUCUAAGCGGAAACGCGGAUGUUUUCCGGGAGGCUGCACCGCUGUGUCUGCAGGCGCUGGACGGGGUGGGUUGGAGGUGAGAUGACGUUGCGCUGGGGUCGUGCCCUCUAGUGCCCUCAGGCCUAGGGGCUCUGAAAUGCUGGUGGGACAGCGUGUGUGCCUCCGUACUCUCAGCUCUCUCUUGCUUCAGGUGAAUAAAACUUUAAAAGGCAACUUGCGGUGUCUCUCCUGUACCAUCGCGUCCCCAGCACAUCUGCCUGCUCCCCUCUGGCUUGUUUAAUUACCGGGCACGGUGCAGCUUCACAGCUGGAACAAGCAGGUGAUGCACCCCAAGCCGGGAGCCUGGGGCGGGCACCAGACUCCCAGCACAGCCCGCUACCCCCAGCAGCUUCCCCGUCAGGACUUGGGCCCGAGGCUACUGGACUGGGAAGGUGACAUCUCAUGCGGACUUAGAAAUGUCCCCUGGAUGUAAAAUCACUGUCAGGA